UGUGUGAUACCGGCACAAAGGAGAAGUAGAGCUCUGUCUGAGUGUGAUGCGUGCUGAGCAAAGGCUCGUGAGGCUGUCAGAGAGAGAGACUGAGGAAAAAGAGAGAGAGAGAAUAGUAGACUGACUGAGUGACUCAGUCAGUUAGGAAGAGAAGGAGAAAGAAAGAGGGGGGACAGGAAACAGACCCUGAGGACAAACUGUGAAACACUCACAUUGUGACACACAGACGGAGAGCAGGAGCUCAACUCAAGCUCCAGUGCUCCUUUGAAUGAGCCUGGUGGUUUGUGGUGAGGACCUUGUGAGAGGUGGAAAGCUAAAUGACAACUUUGCUGCUUUGGAGCUGAAAAAGGACAAAAACACAGGACUGGGGUUUUGACAAAGACAAAGGAUUUUGCCAUGAGGACAUCUCUGUAACGGACCUGACUGUGGAUAUGCCAUCAUUUCUUUCGUGGCACUCAGCAGCUCGUGGUAACUGAGGACUUCUUGAGUGAAAAGGAGACACGUUUGUGUGACUGAUUUAUCAGUGAAGCUCAGCCUGCUACUUGUGGGGUGCAGCCUGGUCGAGAGACAGGGCAGGGGGAGGGGAGGACGCUCCGGCCUGGAUCUCUGUCCUCUGGGAGGGGUCUUUUCAAUAUGAGAAUGUACAACAGUACCCUCCCGACUGACAGUUUCACCCAGCCAUGGCCUGGAAAUAGCUCCACAAACAGCUCCACCUGCGACAAGAACGAUGGCUUCAAAUACCCGCUGUACAGCACCGUCUUCAGCAUUGUGUUCGUGGUGGGACUGAUCACCAAUGUCGUGGCUAUGUACAUAUUCACCUGCUCACUGAAGCUGAGGAACGAGACCACGACCUACAUGAUGAACCUGGUGGUGUCUGACCUGCUGUUUGUCUUCACGCUGCCUCUGAGGGUCUUCUACUUCAUCAACCAGAACUGGCCUUUCGGAGGCAUGCUCUGCAAGGUCUCCGUCUCGCUGUUCUACACCAACAUGUACGGCAGCAUGCUCUUCCUCACCUGCAUUAGCGUGGAUCGUUUCCUAGCCAUCGUGCACCCUUUUCGCUCAAGGACGCUGAGGACCAAGCGCAAUGCUAAGAUAGUGUGCAUUGCCGUAUGGGUGCUGGUGCUGUCAGGGAGUCUCCCCACGGGGUUCAUGUUGCAGACAACCUCACGUGAGAACAACAACUCCAACGCCAUUUUCUGCUUCGAGAACUUCUCCUCCAAGCAGUGGAAAUCUCACCUGUCCAAGAUGGUGAUCUUCAUAGAGACAGUGGGCUUCGUCAUCCCGCUUCUACUCAACGUGUGUUGCUCCAUCAUGGUGCUGCAGACCCUGCGUCAGCCCCAAACCAUCAGUCGCGGGGGGAAGCUGAACAAAACAAAGAUCCUGCGCAUGAUAGUUGUGCACCUGCUUAUUUUUUGUUUCUGCUUCAUCCCCUACAAUGUCAACUUGGUUUUCUAUGCUCUGGUCCGCACUAAAACUUUAAAAGGCUGCUUUGUGGAGUCGGUGGUCCGGACGAUCUACCCAAUAGCCCUCUGCAUCGCUGUGUCCAACUGCUGCUUUGAUCCCAUCGUUUACUAUUUCACCUCGGAGACCAUCCAGAACUCCAUAAAGAGGUCCAAGUCUCAGGGCAGCCGCUCGUAUGAGGUCAAGUUCUCUGAGGCCCUGCAGUCAGAAAGCGGCUCCAACCUGCAGUUCAGCCUGAGGAACCUCAAAGCUAAAGUCUUCCACAAUGAGUCUUCAGUGUGAUGAUGGGGUUGCUACACUCACCAUGAAAUCCACCCUUCCAUAGAAAAAUAAACCUCCUUGAGACAAUGGGAAUGGAUUUUUUUUGGAGUGCUUUAUGAAGCACCUGCCAAAGAGGUAUUAUCUUCAUCUCAGGGCAUAUGUUUGGACUUGUCAUCGACAGCCUCGGCCCUGCAGUAUUACUCUUUGUUCUCAUCUGUGGAUUGCUUAUUACUGCUUGCUACUUUCCGUUUCCUGUGGAAUAAUUUGUAAUUGUGUUAAGCACAAUUACUCUGCAAGUGACCUGGAGGGUAAUGUGAUCACUGUGCAGCAGCACAGCUGAUGAUACUGAAUGCUAAAUGUGCCUGUGUAUUUGUACAUUUCCGUGGUUAGAUGUGGUGCUAACUUUAGAAUAGUAUUAAAUUAACAUAAAGUUAUAUCAAGCUAUAGAUUGUACAGGGCUUUUUUUUUUUAUUGUGAAUUACAAAUAGGUCACAGAAGUGCCUUUUUUUGUUCUGGCACCAUUUCAUUGUAGUCUUUAUUGUCCAUUAAAUGCACUGACACAGAUUUCCACAUACUGCACUCGUGCCACAGUAAUGAAUAAAAGUCAUGUACUGUUCAAAUCAAA